CACACACAAAUCUGAAAAUCUCUCUCGUCCUCCGAAGGUCGAGUUUUGAGAGCGAGUGAGAGUUCUUCUUAUGUGGUUUUGUCUCGUCCACCCAAAGAAAAUCAUCAAAAAAUAAAUAAAAGGGAUCGAUUCACAAACUUAUAAAUUUCUCUGUCUUUUUUAUUUUUUAUAUUUCCGAAAAUUUUCCAUACACACAUCCAAUCUCGCUCGUCAGCACAAAUUAACAUUGGACUCUCAGUUCCCGAAGAUUCUUCUCUUUGGACUCUUAGUUUCCGAAACUUAUUAACCGUCUUUUCUUUGGUUUUUGGGUUUGCAUAAAAGUUGUCGUCACUUGUGGAUUUUGUCUGAGAAAUGAUGAUGUCAUGUCGGAAUAUAGACUUGGGUACGAGUGUUCUUGAUCAUUCUUGUAGCUCUUCUUCAACAAGUCGUCGAUUCUUGUUUGGGAAUUGUUCCAAGAAUGUUUGUAUGAUUGGUGGCAGAAGCUAUGCUGGAAAUUUGGUCUUUCUCCGGCGAGAUUUCGGUACUUGCAGAGCGGUUCCGGCUAAAUCCAAGGAGAAUUCUCUGGUCAAUGGUAUUGGUCAAGAUAAAACAGUGAUGCUCAAUCUGAGGCAAGAGUCACGAAAGCCGAUAUCUUUGGAAAAUCUGUUUGAGGUAGUAGCUGAUGAUUUGCAGAGGUUGAACGACAAUCUUUUAUCGAUUGUUGGUGCAGAAAAUCCGGUUUUGAUAUCUGCGGCUGAGCAAAUCUUCAGUGCUGGUGGCAAGAGGAUGAGACCGGGUUUGGUAUUCCUUGUAUCACGAGCCACUGCGGAAUUAGCUGGCUUAAAGGAACUUACAGUAGAACAUCGGCGUUUAGGUGAGAUCAUUGAGAUGAUUCACACCGCAAGUUUGAUACACGAUGAUGUGUUAGACGAAAGUGAUAUGCGAAGAGGAAAAGAAACGGUUCACGAGCUUUUCGGAACAAGAGUAGCUGUAUUAGCUGGAGAUUUCAUGUUUGCUCAAGCAUCAUGGUACUUAGCAAAUCUCGAAAACCUCCAAGUCAUUAAGCUCAUAAGUCAGGUAAUCAAAGAUUUUGCAAGCGGUGAGAUAAAGCAAGCAUCAAGUUUAUUCGAUUGUGAUGUCGAGCUUGAUGACUACUUGCUAAAGAGUUACUACAAGACAGCUUCAUUAGUAGCUGCAAGCACCAAAGGAGCUGCAAUUUUCAGUAAAGUCGAAAGCGAGGUCGCAGAGCAAAUGUAUCAGUUCGGAAAGAAUCUCGGUUUAUCUUUUCAAGUAGUUGAUGACAUUCUGGACUUCACUCAAUCCACAGAGCAGUUAGGGAAACCUGCAGCUAAUGACUUAGCCAAAGGUAACAUAACAGCGCCAGUGAUCUUCGCACUAGAGAAUGAGCCGAGGCUAAGAGAGAUCAUUGAGUCUGAGUUUUGUGAGCCUGGAUCGCUUGAAGAAGCGAUUGAAAUAGUUAGAAAUCGCGGUGGGAUCAAGAAAGCUCAAGAAUUGGCUAAGGAGAAAGGUGAGCUUGCGUUAAAGAAUCUGAAUUGUCUUCCGAGAAGUGGUUUCAGAUCGGCUCUUGAGGAUAUGGUGAUGUUUAAUCUUGAAAGGAUUGAUUAGCUUCAAAGGGUAUUUGGCAGAGGAAACUGUAACACUCUUUACUUGUUUCAAACUUCAAACACAGAUUUUUUUUUACUGUAUGUCACAAAGGAAAAUCAUGCUUAUUAUUGCAAAAUAAAAGUAACUCAUAUAUUUAGAUACA